CCAUGCUCGCCUACUCGGAACUCAGCCAUCGGUAGCUCUAUCCGAGCAUUGCAACAGAUGAGCAUAUAAGAGACGGGGUUAUCUCGAUAUCUCGAGCUCGAUAAUGGAGCAGUGUGUAGACACUCCCAUGCCAAAAUUAUCCAAUGAACCCCGCAAACUACCCUAUCUCCCCAACGAACUACGAAUCCGCAUCAUCUCCUUCAUCGCGGACCCCGAGUUCCUCUGGACAACCUGCCGCUUCAUAUCCCCCGAAUUCAAACAAUGGGCUGAAGAGCAGUACGCGCGGGAGCACCUGCCCCGCCUAAAAUUCGCAAUCGACAUCACGCCCCUCCAGCGCAAGCAAAUCCGGCCCACCAACGCAGACGGCCAACUCUACCCGCACGACAAAACCGAAUUCCUCUUUAACUUCGCCUCAUUCAAAGUCAGCGACACCUCUGUCGCGAUUCUGCGCGCCGACGGCCCGCCAUGGACCCGCUACAUCAUGCAGGACCGGCCGCGGUACUGGCGCAGCGAGGAUGCGUACGAUUUCCUGCAGGAGGACGGCUAUGCGUCGUUCUACCAGAUCAUGUCGGAGAUGGAUCUUGGGUUGAGGAUGGCUGGGAAGGCGCAUGUGUGUCCGUGUCGUUCGCUAAGGGACCAGACGAAGAGGGGGUUUUGUAAGAGGUAUGAGGGCGUGGGGAGGUUUGUGGAGUGGAAGGCCGAGGAGCGCGUUUUGGAGGUUAGGUGGAGGUUGUUGUUGGCUUUUGUGUAUGCGACGCCGUGUCCGGUUGUGAGGCAUUGGAGGGAUGAUGCGUGGCGGGGAUGAUUGAAAGGCCUGAGGCUUUGAGGUUCGUCUGGGACCAGUUGUGCAUUCGAUUUUUGCAACUCGUCUGAAGGAAACAAUUCACCUAAAGGCAUGUUCUUUAUAGAUUCCUGGUUCUCUGGUUCGGUGCGUUUGCGUUUCGUAUCAUGGAUACCCCUCCGUUUCGAGAUCGUCAUAAGGUUUCGCGUCAUUGCGAUAUGUAAAUUGGUUAAAUAUAUAUAUACAUAGGGAUUACCAUCCAAUCGUAGGCCCAUAAUUCUACACUACAACGACAGUUCCAAUGCGCCCUCGCUGAAGCAAUGGCGAAAAAAGAAUAGAGAAUGGAAAGGCACCAAAGGAGAUAUUUGGAGGGGAAUUAUAGUAAAGAA